AUGCCUAUACAGAAAGCUCCAUUAAAGAAUGCGCUCGACAUUCGCCUCGCAGAGUCGGUCGUUUUCCUCCGAGCCGGAGAUGCUACCGGCAGGCAACGCAACAUGCAGAUCGAUGCGCCUCCCGGGAUGCUUCGCGGAUUAUUGACCCUUACACUCAACAAGCCCACAAGGAUUUCGAGUAUUGAGAUUGAGCUUGUGGGGAAGACGAACACGGCUUGGCCAGAGGGUAUUGGUGCGCGCCGCAUCGAAGUUUCUGAAGAGCAUGAGAUCUACUCGCAAUCGUAUGUCCUCUUCCGCGCGGGCUCAGAAACGCCGUACAGGAACAACCGGCGCACACACUCGGUAGGGCCUGGAAUCGUCCUGGACCACGACGAGGACGAGCGUUCGGACCACUCGAGCGAUGAGCAUGGUGCGUCCGUGUACAGACACGUAAGUGAAGAGCAGCGGGGACGUGCACUGCACCCGCCGCCUGCAGGGUUUGAUCGGACGACAAGACGUCACCAGUCCGUUGACCAGACCAACUUCCAACGCGACUACGUCUCGCACCGAGAAAACGGGCUGCCGCUGGUGAUACCGCCGUACUCACCACCGUACUCGGCUGAGGGCACGCCAUCAUACUCGCUGACGCCGAUUACGUUGAGCCCCACCACGUCUAUCGUGCGCCGAAUGCACACUGUAGAGGAGGCCCCCAUCGAGUCGGCGUUGGAUAUAGAUGUACUUACAACUGGAGCCAGGUCCGAGCUGGAGAGAGACCAUAGCAGCUUCACAUCGUUGCCAUUGCGGCGGAACGGCCACGCUGGCGCCUCAUCGGUAUCGAGCCUACGACUGGACACUAACACUACACAAUCAGCGCGUCCCAGCCUUGAAGAGGAACGACCCGAAUUUAUACUCGGAAGCAGUUCUAGCCCGUUCCAGGCGCACUUGCAAUCGCGGUCAGCUGACUUUCAAAGGAGAGAGGCCUCGCGCUCCUCGGACCUCCGCGAGAUGGAGGAUGGACGGGGCAGGAAGCAUAAGCGCUUCAGCUUGGCGAACGUGUCAAGUGCACUGCUGGAUGUGGUCAUGGACCGGGUGCGAUCGCGCUCGCGCUCUUCCCUGAUGGAUCAUCAUGGAGACGUGACGCCUCCACGAGGCCGGGCGAGGGAGCGACCGUUAGAUGUCAUCUCAGACGGUAGCGAGGAAAGUACGCCGAAUCGGGAACGGUCGGCAUUAGGGGUGGUGGGAGGUGUGCUCGGCUUGGAUUCGGACGAGGGGAAGGAAUACGGCGAUGGAUGGAAGGAGUUCCGCAAAGGUGCUCUCAAAUGUGAAUACGGUUCCGUCACCUGGAAACUCAAGGCUACUGCGCACCGCCCCGGGACGUUCACCGCAAAGCUGUCGGCAGCACAGGAAAUCGCUGUAGUUGCAUGCCCCUCGGAGGAUGAUACUGAGGACACGGAGAGUAUCAUCGUCGAGCGACAGUGGGAUACACAAAUGCAGUAUCUCAUUACGAUCUCGGGCCGUAGCUUCCCGAUUGGCGGGAUCAUGCCGGUCAGCAUAACGUUUAUGCCAUGGACGAAGAUGAAGAUCUAUCGAGUCUCCGUUCUACUAGAAGAGCGCAUUGACUAUUGGACGGAUUUCAAACGAAUAGCACGCACUGAUCCCAUCACCCGGAUAUCCUUGAUGUCUCUGAAGUACCCGCAGAAGGAUGCACCUCCAAUUCUCCCCUUAGAUCCGGACGACCCUCAUGCAUUCGAGCGUUCGCCGUUUGUUGACCUCCUAGAACCCAGUGACGACCCCGGCGAAUAUGCGUCUAAUAUGAUGGGCCCGGGCCCGUGGACAGUCAAGAAGGACAUCCAACUUCCAGACUCAUGCUCCCAGCUGCACUUCACGAACCGGAAUAAACGGAGCAAUAUCUUCGUAUCACAUAUGCUUAAAAUCAUCUUCCGAGUCGAACGAGGAGAUGAUCAGGCAAUCGAUGCGCAUACAGGAAAGCGGAAAAUGUUUGACAUCGUUGUGCAGACUCCGAUACACAUCUUAUCAUGUUUAUGCAAUCACGACUAUCUGUCCCUCCCCCCGUAUUCACGAGCGACGGAACCGCUUUCCCCUCAUCACGCCUCAUGCAGUUACACUUCACCCGCCGAAAACAACGGUGGCCCUAUGACAGUUGCUGAGUGCUCGACCCAGUCGACAUUUAUGCUCGGCGUGCGUAGACAAAUUGAACGCGCCCCUUCCGCACACUCCGACCAUCCGCCAGUUCCAAUACAUACCUUGCUCACUCCGGCCCUUUCGCGGACUGAUUCCAUCUUCGAGCGUGGCACACAGUUCGGACGGCUCGUCGCGGGGCAAGAGAGCGAGCUCGGCGAAGCGCCCCCUGCAUAUAGCGAGGUUGCAUAGCGGGCUUGUAUAUUUCGGUUUAACAGCGCCACUGGAUCGGUGUUUUAUGCUGUCAUAAUUUCUGGACUUGCUGUAGCCUACCUGUAACGAUGCAAAUUGCCUCCAUCCUCAUCUUAGAGCUAUUGUAUGAAUAGUCACGAAGUAAUGCAGACCUCGUACGUCUUGGGUACGUUCUGUUUGCCCAGUAAUGUGCAAUAAUAUGA